UUCCUUCCCCCACAUCCGCAUCCAUUGCCAGCUCGCCACCUUGCAGGGCUCGGGCCGAUGGCGGCUGCCACUCUCUCCACCGUCCCUCGCUCAUCUCCUCCUCCUCGCUCUUUGCUCCCCAUUAUGGCCUCCGCCUCCUCCUCCUCCGCCGAUCCCAAGCUCAGCCGGAGCGGUCAUGGCCUCCGCCUCCCCGAGCUCCGGGAGGAAUCCCUUUCGUCGCUCGAGGUUGUCGGCGCUCGCCGCUCCCUGCUCACCCGCUUCGCGAGCCUGCAGCCCCCCUACAAACGCUUCCCUUUCCUCGGGUGGAACCGCCAUGUCGAGACAAUCUUCGCCGCCUUCUUCCGCUCCCUCCCUCGUGUCGCCCUCCGCCGGGAGUGCCUGAGGACGCGGGACGACGGUACCGUCGCCCUCGAUUGGGUCUCCGGGGACGAGCAGCAGCUUCCCUUUGAUUCCCCAGUUCUCAUUCUUCUGCCUGGGCUCACUGGAGGGAGUGAUGAUACAUACGUCAGACAUAUGCUUGUACGUGCUAGAAAUAGAGGAUGGCGUGUUGUUGUAUUCAAUAGUCGUGGUUGUGCAGAUAGUCCUGUUACAACUCCCCAGUUUUAUUCAGCUUCAUUUACAGAAGAUCUUUGCCAAGUAGUUGAUCAUGUUUCAACACGUUACCCUAAGUCAAAUAUAUAUGCGGUUGGUUGGUCUCUUGGAGCAAAUAUUCUAGUUCGCUAUCUUGGUCAGGAAUCUCGUAAUUGUCCUCUUUCUGGGGCAGUAUCCUUAUGUAAUCCUUUCAAUUUGGUAAUUGCAGAUGAGGACUUUCACAAGGGCUUCAAUAAUGUAUAUGAUAGAGCUCUCGCUAGAGCUCUGCGAAAAAUAUAUAAAAAGCAUGCACUUCUUUUUGAAGGUCUGGGUGGUGAAUACAAUAUUCCCAUGGCGGCUAAUGCUAGGUCUGUCAGGGAGUUUGAUGAAGGAUUAACACGUGUUUCAUUUGGUUUCAAGUCGGUAGAUGAUUAUUAUUUCAAUUCAAGCAGUUCAAGUUCCAUAGAGAAUGUCUGUACACCUUUAUUAUGCAUACAGGCUGCCAAUGAUCCAAUUGCACCAUCCAGGGGGAUUCCUCGUGAAGAAAUCAAGGGAAAUCCGCAUUGCCUGUUAAUAGUUACUCCACAAGGUGGCCAUCUAGGGUGGGUAGCAGGGGAGGAGGCUCCAUUUGGAGCUCCUUGGACUGAUCCUGUGGUAAUGGAGUUCCUGGAGCAUCUUGAUAACGAAAAUUCAGAUGGCAGCAAAAGCAGCAAAAAUAUUCUACUGGAUGGUGUUCCACAAACUUCACCGUCUCUAUCAGUACACAUACAAUGAUUGAAUCUAAUGCCCUCAUAACAUUGCCAUUCAUGCCAUUGGCCUUUUUAUAUUGCCAUUCAUGCCAUGACUUUUUUAACGUAAAUUGAUAUCUAUCUCAUGGUAGUGUCUGAAUAACCAAAAUGUGGUGAUUGGUCCAUCGAUGUAAGCCGAUCAUUUUUUCCCCCAUCAUCCAUGAGCUAUUUCUUAUAGUGUUUAAUUUCACCGGAAGAACACAAUGUUUGUAUCGUCUAAAAGUUCUCUCUCUCUCUCUCUUUUCCCACCCCAACAUCUCUAGCUAUUAUUCAUUUGACAAAGCCUUUAUCAAGCAACAUCAUACGACAAUGCCAUUUGUAAGCGAAAGGCAUCCUUGCAGUGGUGCACUCGUUUGUGAGAUAUCCCGAACGAGUAGUGCAGAUGGCUUGAUACAUGUGCCUUCAAUCACGUUGUUCGCGGAGAGGCAUGGUGGGUGCUUUGUUUGCAAGCAGGUGGACCUGGCUUGAUACUUCCAGUUCGUACGUGUUCUUUCAAUCUUGCAGGCCAAGGCUAACAGGCAUAUCAGGCGCUUGGUUUGCAAAUAGGGGGACUCGGGUGGAGCUUUUGCGGUAUACUCAUGGUAUGAAUUAGUUCAAAUACAUACUCAAACCAGACUUUGUCAAUUGGCAUCUGUACGGUCUGAUCAUGCAUCCCGGCAUCUCCGACUGUCAUAAAAAGUAAGUAUAUCUCACGAACUUCGUUUAUUUUGUCAGCUUUGAAAGAGCAAACAUGAGACCAUAAUUAUGGAAUUGUGUAGACAAUAAAAAAAAUCAUUAGUCAAAUGAGAGAAUCGUUGACAU